AUGGCUGCUGCAGGCGCGAUUUACUCGCUGGAUUUCUGGGAUUUUUCACUGAAUUUUGCAGCACAGAGUUGCUGGGUUUCACACGCAAGGAAGAAGAAAAUGCAAGGAGGUGGGGUCGGUUUUGGUAUUGUAUGUUGGGUUUGCUGCUGCGCCAGCCAGAAGCAACGCGAGGACCAGCUCCGAGCGGCGAGCCUCUUUCUCUCUCUUCUCCUAAGCUCCAGUGAGGACGAUAACAACGAGCAGCAGCUCCAGCUGCUCGGACCAGCGAGCGGCGAACAGCAAACCCCGGCGAAGCCCAGAGGAGAGACGGCAGCUACUGUUUGUCGCCGGGAUCAACCAGAUCUGGCCGGAAAAUUGCCCAUAGAUCACCAAAUCUAUAUCGUUCUAGUGGAUUUGGUAUCUAAUGGUGGUAAUGAGUCAUGUCUUCGGUUGAGGCCGAGGUCGAGGGAAAAUAGGGGUAAGUGGGUUACGGGUUCACAUAACGUGCGGGUAGGAUCAUGGAACAUAAGUUCGUUGACGGGGAAGUCCAUAGAGCUAGUGAAAAUUCUCAAGAAGAGAAAGAUAAAUAUAGCUUGUGUCCAAGAGACUAGAUGGGUAGGCUCCAAGGCUCGGGAUGUUGACGGGUUUAAGUUGUGGUACUCAGGAGGGUCAAAGGAUAGAAAUGGAGUGGGUAUUUUAGUAGACGGGGAUUUGAGGGGGCAAGUGGUGGAGGUUAGGAGGAUCAAUGAUAGGCUGAUGACGAUUAAGCUAGUCAUUGGAGGAUGUACUUUGAGUGUUAUUAGUGCUUAUGCUCCUCAAGUGGGAUUGGACGAGGAGGCCAAAAAGCUCUUUUAUGAGGAAUUAGAUGAGGUAGUUAGAGGCUUUGGUUUUGGGGAGAGGAAUGGAGGUGGAACUUCGCUUCUAGACUUUGCUAAGGCUUUUGAGUUGGUGAUUGCUAACUCAUGCUUUCCGAAGAAGGAGAACCACUUGGUUACCUAUCGUAGCACGGUAGCUAAGACUCAGAUAGAUUACUUACUCCUUAGGAAGGGGGAUAGAGGUCUCUUUAAGGACUGCAAGGUCAUCCCAAGUGAAAACCUCACUACCCAACACAAGCUUUUGGUGAUGGACCUGAAAAUUAAGAGGGAUAGGAGGAAGAAGAUGGUACCUGAUCGACCGAGGAUUAAAUGGGGAGGGUUGACCCUUGCCCUUUCGCGGGAGAUGGGUGAGGAGUUGAUGGGGAUGAGGGCUUGGAGUGGUAACGGGGAUGCGGACAGCAUGUGGAAUAAAGCAGCUAGUUGCAUUAGGGAAGUUGCUUCUAAGGUGUUAGGGGUGUCAAGGGGUAAAUUUGGAGGCCAUAAAGGAGACUGGUGGUGGAAUGGGGAAGUCCACGGCAAAGUGGAAGCGAAGAAGGCUGCAUACACAAAAUUGGCGGAGUGUGUAGACGAGGAAGAGAAGCGGACGCUUAAGAAAGUCUAUAAGACGACAAAGACAGAAGCUAAGUUAGCUGUUACGAAGGCGAAGACGGCAGCUUUCGAACGCUUGUAUGUCGAGCUGGGGGACAAAGGCGGGGAUAAGAAGUUAUAUAGGCUCGCAAAAGCAAGAGAGAGGAAGGCGCGCGACGUGGACCAAGUUAAGUGUAUCAAAGAUGAGGAAGGUAAAAUAUUGGUGGAAGAGACCUCCAUCAAGCAAAGAUGGCGAAGCUACUUUCACAAACUUUUAAAUGAAAAAGGGGAAGCAGACAUUGUAUUGGGUGAUUUGGCGCACUCUGAAAGACUUCGGGAUUUUGGGUACUGUAGGUGCGUUAGGACCGAGGAAGUUAUACGGGCUAUUAGUAGGAUGAGUAGGGGAAGAGCGACCGGACCCGAUGAGAUUCCUGUAGAAUUUUGGAAGAGCAUGGACAAGGCAGGCAUAAAGUGGUUAACUGGGCUGUUUAAUGUUAUCUUUAAGACAGCAAAAAUGCCUGAAGAAUGGAGGUGGAGUACAAUGGUCCCGUUGUAUAAAAACAAGGGUGAUAUCCAAAACUGUAACAACUACAGGGGUAUCAAAUUGCUAAGCCAUACUAUGAAGAUUUGGGAGAGAGUGGUGGAGAUGAGAGUGAGAAAAGGGGUGUCCAUCUCCGAGAACCAGUUUGGAUUCAUGCCGGGACGUUCGACUACCGAAGCCAUUCAUCUUAUGCGUAGACUGGUAGAAAAAUAUAGAGAAAGGAAGAGAGACCUACAUAUGGUGUUCAUUGACCUUGAAAAGGCCUAUGACAAAGUACCGAGGAAUGUCCUCUGGAGGUGCUUGGAGUCUAAAGGAGUCCCGAUGAUUUAUAUUAGGGCGAUAAAGGACAUGUACGGUGGAGCCAAGACUCGGGUUAGAACAAUUGGAGGAGACUCAGAUCAUUUCCCAGUUGAGAUGGGGCUGCAUCAGGGAUCAGUCCUAAGCCCUUUCCUAUUUGCUUUGGUGAUGGACGAGUUGACGCGGUCUAUUCAGGAGACGGUCCCGUGGUGUAUGUUAUUUGCGGAUGACAUAGUACUGAUUGAUGAGACGCGGGAUAGAGUUAAUGCGCGGUUGGAGGUGUGGAGACAAACGCUGGAGUCCAAAGGGUUCAGGUUGAGUAGGACCAAAACAGAAUAUUUGGGGUGCAAAUUCAGUGAUGCGUUGGAUGAGGCAGAUGUAGAAGUGAGACUUGCCACACAGAGCAUCCCCAAGAAAGAAAGUUUUAAGUAUCUUGGGUCUGUAAUACAAGGAAGUGGUGACAUCGAUGAUGAUGUCACACAUCGCAUUGGGGUUGCGUGGAUGAAAUGGAGGCUUGCCUCUGGAGUUUUGUGUGAUAAGAAAAUUCCACCGAAACUUAAAGGUGAGAUGAGGAUGUUGAGAUGGAUGUGUGGGCACACUAGGAGCGACAAGAUUAGGAAUGAGGUUAUCCGGGAGAAGGUUUUGUGUUCCUCAAAUUACAAGACCGAAUCAAUGAUCUUCUAUUCCUUUAAGGUGAAAUUCAGCAUGUAA